AUGACCUGGAGACUGGAACAGGAACUCUCAGGCCGCAGGGACGCAACCGAAUACAUUAACGAAAAGAAGCAACUUAGAGCCGAAUUAGAAGCGGAGGAAAGAGAGGAGGAUCGUAUGACACGGCUAUUAGAUGAUAAAGGACGUCUUAUAAUCGAGAUGAAAACUUCUUUGCAACAAAUUAAUCAACUCCUUUCUAGCGUAGGUGCGCCCAAUGUGCAAAGACCUUUAACAGGCGCACCAUCGGCGCUUCAGUAUGUACUCGACGAUAUACUCCAACCUGUUCCUGAACUAGAAGCUGAUUUUGAUAAGCUAUUGCUGAACGCACGACAGAAAAUUAAUAUGCUCAUUCAAGCUGUGUCAAAGAUGGAUGUUGAUGAUGAAGUCAAAGCUAAUGCACGACUCUUUUAUCACAACGUACUAGCCAGAUCUAUGAAAGACAAUUAUAAAGAAGAAGUAAUGGCCGAAGGAGGAUUAAUAGAGUUCGAAAUGGAGGAUCCUAAUGUUCCUAGCCACGCUGUCAUUAAGCUCAGAAGUAAGCAACUCGUAGACGCGCAAGUAAGCGAGUUCGAUGUACCAGACAUCCUGUAUAAAAAG